AUGAAAGACGAGCCUAGGGAAACCACUGCUCGUGCAGGAGAUGCAGGAGCAGGGGCGGCAGGUGGGGCGGCAGGUCGGGCGGAAGGAGGGGCGGCAGGAGGGGUGGCAGGAGGGCCAGCACGUGGGGCGGCAGGGGUUGGAGCUUCUGUACCAAAGGCUGGGGAACGAAGAUCAAGUGCGGUGAAGAGGAAAGAAAGGACGGUGGAGGAGAUUAAAGAGCGGUACUAUGAGGUUACCAAGAAGCUUCUUGCAUCACGAGCAGCAGCAGGCGAGGAGGUGCCAAUGGGACUGUUGCCUAAGGACGGCUACAACAUGCGUGCUGAGGUGGAGCGCAAGACCCUGCUGGCCGCACAGCUGGCGCUGACUAGACGCCAGCUGGCAGAGGAGGAGAAGCUGGCGCCUUCUCCUCCUCUGCCAGCUGGCGCCUUCUCCUCCUCUGCCAGCUGGCGCCUUCUCCUCCUCUGCCAGCUGGCGCCUUCUCCUCCUCUGCCAGCUGGCGCCUUCUCCUCCUCUGCCAGCUGGCGCCUUCUCCUCCUCUGCCAGCUGGCGCCUUCUCCUCCUCUGCCAGCUGGCGCCUUCUCCUCCUCUGCCAGCUGGCGCCUUCUCCUCCUCUGCCAGCUGGCGCCUUCUCCUCCUCUGCCAGAUGGCGCCAAAGCCAUCCUCCGCCUCUCCAAGGCGCCAGCUGGCAGAGGAGGAGAAGGCGAGGCCUCCAUUCCCCUUUCUCCCACACUCUCCUCUCGAGCCCCACCCGCAGCAGCAGUCACUCCUCUGCAAGACUCCCACGUGGCACCCCCAUCUGUGCCCGCAUCAGCGUCCACGUCAGCAGCUGCCCAUGCUGACGUGGUGCCAGCUCACGCGCCCGAGCGGACACGUCAGCACGCGGUGUCAGCAGGAGGGGGAAGUUCCCGGGGCGUCCUUGCUGCUCCGGUGUCAGCCCAGGCUGGGAAUGCGAGAGUGCCGCGUGUGUUCGUGAGAGGUCCGCGACUGGCCUCCACCCUCCUCGCCUCCACCACCACUGCUGGCGCUCGAAUGGCCAAGCGUAUUGAAAACACGCUUCAAGAGCUGGGGGUGCCCCUAGCACCCCAUGUGCCCACGCGGGAGGUGUGUGCGGAGUAUGUUGCGCUUAGGAAAGAGGUGGUUGCGCUGCUGAACCUGCAGAAGAAGGUACACUGGAAGGAAAACGAGCUUACUCUUUUAAAGGAAAGCCUUCAAAAGGAGACAGGGGGUGGGGGAGGCGGAGGUGGGGGAAAGGGUGUUGCAGGUGGGGGGAAGGGAGUGGCUGGGGGAGGGAAGGGGGUGGCUGGGGGGGCGAAGGGCGCAGGAGGGGCAACAGGGGGAAGCAAAGGGGGAGGGAAGGGGGGAGGGGGAGGAGGAACAGUGAAGGGAGGAGGAGCAGGAGGAGGAGGAGGAGGAGGAGGAGGAGGAGGAGGAGGAGGAGGAGGAGGAGGAGGAGGAGGAGGAGGAGGAGGAGGGGUGGGGGGAGGAGGAACAGAGAAAAGGGUCCGACUUGAUCUAAGCUCUCGCCCCCUCGCUUCCUUUGCCCCAUCGUCCCCGCAUCGUCCCCGCAUCGUCCUCGCAUCGUCCCCGCAUCGUCCCCGCAUCGUCCCCCCAUCGCCCACUACCUGCCCUCCCCUCGUAUUCCUCCCUUUUUCCCACCGUUUCCCUUUCCCCUUCUUCCCCCGUGCUCCCUCUCUCCUCCCUCUCUAG